UCGAGGGGGAGAGGCAGCCGCCGCGAUGGACGUGUUCCUCAUGAUCCGGCGCCACAAGACCACCAUCUUCACGGACGCCAAGGAGUCGAGCACUGUGUUCGAGCUAAAGCGCAUCGUCAAGGGCAUCCUCAAGCGGCCGCCGGACGAGCAGCGGCUGUACAAGGACGACCAGCUUCUGGACGACGGAAAGACAUUGGGCGAGUGUGGCUUCACCAGCCAGACAGCACGGCCUCAGGCCCCAGCCACUGUGGGGCUAGCCUUCAGGGCAGAUGAGGCCUUUGAGGCCCUGCGCAUUGAGCCCUUCUCCAGCCCACCUGAGCUGCCGGAUGUGAUGAAGCCACAGGACUCAGGAAGCAGCGCCAAUGAACAAGCUGUGCAGUGAGAGGCCCCCCCAACCGCCCUACCCCCCCAAUAAAAGAUUUGGGUGUUCAAAAA